AUGUUAUUAUCAGAAGCCAAUGGAUUAUUAUAUUUAACGCUUAUGUUUGGUGCCGCCUCAACGGUGUUUUUUCAUAACACCGUAGUUUCGAUUUCAACUGCACGAAAAAGAGCAAAACCAAAUAAAAUUGAACUCAGGAUUAAAGGACUUUCGCGUUGUCGUUAUCGUUCAAUGUAUAUUACAUCUCCACCCCUUUUUGACUUUGCGAGAAUAAUUUUCAACAUCACCGGUGGACUUCGGUUCAUAUUUCAAUUCAUCUAUUUUGUCUUACCGCCGUUCGUCGAUCCAUCAACAUGUAGAGCCGUCUCGUAUGUUCACGCGACUGUCAACCUGCUAUAUAGAGGAUCUUUACCCGCGUUUUUAUUAUUGAGAUUAAGGAUAAUCGGUGAAAGUAUCAGUAACAUCAAUAACAAAAUCAAUUACAACAGAAAAUCGGAUAAAUGGAUUUCUUGCGUUUUAUUACUUUUAUUUUCCACGAGAAUGAUUUUACAAAUUGCGCACAUUGGAUUUUUAGGACAAACAAUAAUUACAAAGCCUUCGCCGUCAAAUCUCCGUCCAGUUUAUUGUGAUCCAAAUCUUACAGCCGGUUCUCUUGUUUGGGGAUGGGUUAUAGCAGAUUUCCUUAUCGAUAUAUUUGUAACUAUUCAAAUGGUCAGAAUUUUCCAUGAAGCAAACAAAAACCAUAAAGAUUUAUCUACGAAUUCAUCGCAAAGUGUUCGAGGAUCAUUAUAUUUAGCCAUCAUAUUUUGGCACCUGAUCAGAAUUUUUAUUGCAAUUUUAUUGAAUUUAAACACUGUCAUUGAUGCAGCACCAAACAAUUUGGAUCCAAUCAUUAGCCCAACGGUGAAUUUUGUCAUUUGUAUUGCAAUGUCAUAUGUUAUCACCUACGAUAAAGACAUUGUGAAAAAUAUCACUGUUGGACUUGAUGCUAAAACUAGUAAUGAUAUUACCGAGAGCAGCAAAACACUCGUGUAG